GUGUCGCGCGCCCUGGCUGCGCGCUCGCGUGUGUUCUGGUCGCGAGUGGUGCUGCCGGAGUCGCGGGACGCGGGACACGCGCGAUCAGUCGCACUUCGCUGACGACAUAAGGUCUACAAAUUGGUGGCAGCUCAUUUCUCAUUCGUUUACAAAUCUGUGACUUUUGACAUUAUUAUUCGACCGGGAAACCACGGGAAAAGAUUGCGGUCGACCAACUACCUCCAUUCGAAGUUUUGUUGGCGAAGUUUUCUAACGGAUGAUUCGAAAAGAUUUUGUUUACUGAUUGUGUUAGUGUUUAGUUGUGGUGUUAAAUAUGUACUUUACCUGCUUCUAUUUCGAUUCGAUGAAGAUCUGAUAGAUAUAAAGUAUAGUUCAGGCCUACUCGCUGUUGCAUCACUCGUGACUGCCACAUCUCGCUCUACUCGUCGAUAGAGGUUCGCGACGGAGCAACGUCAGCCGAGCAGCGCGAGCUGAUGUGACGCGGGUGCGGCGCGGACAGCAUGUGCGCGGGUGCGCUGCUGCUGCUGCUGGCCGCACUGCCGCUGCUGACGGGCGGACGCGACGCCGGGCCGGCCUUCGCGCCGCAGCAGCAGACGGCGGUGCUGGCGCGCGCGGGCGCCUCCGCCGCGCUGCGCUGCCGCGUGCUGCGCCUCGCCGGCCGCGCGGUGUCGUGGGUGCGCUCCAGCGACCUGCAGAUCCUGACGCACGCGGGCGACGUGUUCACGGCGGACGCGCGCGUGUCGUGCGCCGAGGCGCCGGGCGAGGCGCGCGACGGGUCGGACGAGGCCGGCGAGGCGCACGAGGCGCGCGAGGCGCACGAGGCGCACGGGGCGAGCACCGUGCACACGCUGCGCAUCGAGCGGCUGCGCGCGGCGGACGCGGGCCGCUACGAGUGCCAGAUCAACACGGAGCCCAAGAUGAGCCUGUUCUUCAACCUCACCGUCGUGGAGUCGUCGCUGCCGCUGGUGUCGGUGCGCGCGCUGGGCGCGGGCGCGCGCGGCGCGGUGCGCGCGGCGGGCGGCGCGGCGCGGCUGGCGUGCGAGGCGCGCUACGAGGCGCCGGCCGACGCGCUGGCCGCGCUGCCGCCGCUGCGCGUGCGCUGGUCGCGCGCCGGCGCGCCGCUGGACGCGGGCGGCGCGCGCGGCGGCGUCAGCCUCGACACGGAGCGCUGGCCGGCGCGCGUCGUGUCGCGCCUGACGCUGACGCAGCUGACGCGCGCCGACGCGGGCCGCUACACGUGCGGCGCGGCGGGCGCGGGCGGGGAGCGCGCCGCCGCCACGCUGCUGCUGCACCUGGACGACGACGCAGACGGCGAGCUGGGCAUGCAGCGCGACCAGGCGGAGGCGCGGGUGAGCGCGGCGCGGCGGGUGCGGUGCGCCUGGAUGCUGACGCUGACGCCUCUGACGCUGUUUCUGACGCGUCUGACGCGGCUGCCGGCGCUGACGUGACGCGCUGUGACAGCGCGGAAGUGUAUCCGUGCAUUGACAUUUGACGUUGUACAUAUUGUGAAUAGUUAUUUAUAAAGCUGACUGCACACUAUCGGGUGAAGUGCGGAACGAAUUCCACCCGGGGCCGCGGCGCUGUGUGCGCACAGCUGAACGUGUAAAUAAAUAUGGAUAGAUGUUGAAGGGUAAAAUUGUUUAAUUUUGACUCGUGGUACCAGCGACUGCCGAGUUGCGGGCGUUCGCCUCUAUAUUAGGUACAUACUCAUAAUGUACUUAUAGUACUCUUGUACACUAAACCACUUAGAUACAGAAAACAUCAAAAACAUCAAUGUGCUGCACACUAAUACUUUCCACAGAGGAAAAGAACCAGCAACCUUGGAUGCAGUAGGUGUAGUCAGCACCCACUGCACCGCCGGCCGUCAAUGAAUUCUGCGACGUGAGCACUCUGUAUAGAAUACGAAAUUGCAAAGACUUCAUAGUUUCAGUUUGUCUUUAAGAGGAAGUGCUAAUAAUAUAAUAUGAUCUGCUGGCAAAUGCCCCGCGGUUUCAUCUAUGUAGUUCCCAGUCCCGUGGGUGAUAAAAUAUAGACAAAAUUUUGAUCAGUUCUACCCCCAAGGGGAUAAAAUAGGGGACGAAAGUUUGUAUGAUACUUUGACAAUUUUAAACCACUCGGGUUGGGACUUUGCACGCAUAAAGCUACUAUAACGUAGGCAUUCCUUAAGAAAUAAUUUUGAUAAAUUCCACCCUUAAGGGGAUAAAAUAGGCGACGAAAGUUUAUAUGGAAAGUCCUUCAUUUUUGAGUUAUAAUUUUAAAAAUUUGUUCAUAAAUCAUAAAAAGUACAAAAUAUAAUGUGAUUUAAGAAUUUUUAAAAUUUAAUCCCUAAAGUGAUAAAAUAGGGGUUGAAAGUUUACAUUGAUUUCCACGCGGACGAAGUCGCGGGCGUCCGCUAGUACCUUAUAAAAGUGAAAGGUCACUCGUCAGAGAAAUAUCGGAAAACGGCUUGAAGUACAAAGAUGUUUGGCAGAGAGUUAUUAGUAUACGUGCUAAAAAGGUUUUACAACAGGGCCAGAUAAAUAGCGAACGAAGCGGCGGCCAAUAUUAUGGAAUAGGUAUUUUCUGAUAACGCAGUGAAAAAUAUUGCCACGUAACUAUAUCAGUAUGUACUGUUGCGAGCCUACCGGCCGACUUGUUGCAAUUCGCUUUACGAUUACGACAUCGAUACUGGAAACCUUUGUAAUAGAGGUUAAACACAGGUUAUAUUAUCCUCUCCAACUGAGGGACAAGCGGUACCAGAAGUAAAUAAACUGUAUUGUAUAUAGAAUCCAACCCAGGCCUUUUGAGGACUCUUGAGGUUUCGUGAGGUGAGGGUCGUGAGCCCCCGUCGUGAGUCGUGAGGGUCGUGAGCCCCCGUCGUGAGUCGUGAGGGUCGUGAGCCCCCGUCGUGAGUCGUGAGCUAUUCGCCGCACGUUACCACCACCUUAUCUAUUUUCGAAGUAGAUAAAAUGUUAUUACUAACGAAUCUUUACUAUUACUAAUAUUAUAAAGCUGAAGAGUUUGUUUGAACGCGCUAAUCUCAGGAACUAGUAGUCCGAUUUGAAAAUUCUUUCAAUGUUAGAUAGCCCAUUUAUCGAGAAAACCUAUAGGCUAUAUAAUAUCCCAGUAUUCUUUCGGGAAUGGGAACCACGCGGGUGAAACCGCACGGCGUCAGGUAGGUAAUAAUGAAGCUCUUGCUAAUGUAAUGUAAUUUUAUGUUAAAUUCUAGUGGACAAUAAUGAAUUAUUAUAUUAUUAGGUAUGUUUGACAUGUUGAAGGAUGUUUACAUCUCUACAACCGGUCACAAGUAUCGGGCUAUCCCGGUACUCGGGACCCAAUGUAAUGCUAAGACGUUCGUCCCUCUGUUGGCAGCUUAAUUAAUUAACUAGAAAGAAAACAUCUAUAUAAAAUCAUUAUUGGCAGUCCUAGUCUAAUCUAAAGAGUUGUUUGGGGCGACGUGCCACCUAUUGUUUACAACGGUGUCAUGAUACCGUAUUGUGAUCCGGUUAAAAACCUUGGAGUUGUUAUGGACAAGGAAUUGUCGUGGUGCAUGCAUGUCAAGGAGUUGAGUAGGAGGACGUUUGCGACGUUGAGUUCGUUACGACGCCUACGUUCUCUUCUUCCAAUUCCUACCAAAGUUAUGUUAGCAAAUUCUCUCCUACUCUCUGUUCUCGAUUAUGCGGACGCAAGCUAUCCCAGUUUGACUGAGGACUAUCUUAAUAAACUUGAGCGACUUCAAAAUGUUGCAAUUCGGUUUAUAUUUAGCCUUCGCAAAUAUGACCAUAUAUCUGAAUUUCGUCAGAAACUCAAGUGGCUUCCUAUUCGCCGUCGCCGGGAUCUGCAUGUACUUUCUCUUCUGUACUGUGUGCUCUUUAAUCCAAAAUAUCCUCCUUAUCUUAAGGAGAAAUUCACAUUUCUGGGAGUGCAAUCAGAGCUAAGAACAUGUCGUGCUCUUACUCUGUGUAUGCCUUUCCAUAGGAGUAAAUUUUACAAGUGUUCAUUGUACGUACGUACGUACGUACGUUGUACGUGCUAUUAAGCUAUGGAAUGCACUCCCAGUCGACAUUCGGAAAUCCAAAUCCCUUGACUUGUUUAAAAAAUCCGUUAAGACAUAUUAUCUUAGUCACUAGUUACAUAUUUUAUUUUAUUAGAAUAUUUAUCAUACGACAUAAUGAUAUAUUAUAUAUAUUAGUUUAUGUUAUGAUAUUUAUAAUUAUUAUAUAAUUUGUGUAUUAUGGUUUAUGUAUUAGUGUGUAGUUAUUGUAUGUAUGUAUAUGUACAUUAUUAUUACGUACACACCACCUACAGUUGUCCUAAUAAGUUCCUAAGCCUAAGGUUGCCUGGAAGAGAUCGCUACUAAGCGAUAAAGCCGCCUUUUGUAUUCUACUUAUUCUUGUGUUUCUGUUUUGCUUGUUUUCUUUUAUUUUUUGUGGUGUACAAAUAAAGAGUAAUUAAUAAAUAAAAAUAAAAUAAACAUCUAAAUAUUUAUGAAUUCACAACAUUUUUUUACUAUUACUAGCAGACGCCCGUGACUUCGUCCGCGUGAAACUCGAUGUAGACUUUCAAGUACCCCUACCCUACCCUACCAGUCAGUCCAGGCUAAGUCUGCGCCGCGCUCGACUCGCUCACGCUCA